AUGAGUUCUCAGACUCAGGGUACCAACGCCACUUUACCAGAUACUGGUUUUGGUCAUGACGACGACGUCGUUUCAGUAGUCUCUCGACAUGAAAUUGACGACACCCGUGCUCAUCGAGCAGCGUCGGUGGCGGUCGGUGUACCGGUGGCAGCCUACAAGAAAUUGGUUUUCGAAGUAAAGGGUCUUCAAGAGACCUUGGGUAAGACCCAGUGCAUGCUGGAUGCGAUGCAAAGCCGCCUCCAAGCGAUGGAGCAAGCUCAAACUCGGAGCGAGGCUAAGUUGGACUUGCUGAUUAUCUUGCAGCAAUCCGGGGCAAUGCCCUUGUCGUCGGCGCAAGCGCCUCCAUGUUCACAUGGGAAGGAUCCCGGUACGACUUGA